CCAGACGGCGGCCGCGCCCGCCACACGGACACGGCGGGCUGGGACCGCCACGGGCAGCGGCUCCGGCAGACACACGGACCGACAGACACACAGACAGCGAGCGGCACCGCCACAGCGCAGGCACAGCGCUGCCCGGCACCGCCACAGCGCAGGCACAGCGCUCCCCGGCACCGCCACAGCGCUCCCCGGCACCGGCACCGCACAGGGCGCAGCGGCACCGCGCGCGGCUCAGGCGCAGCGCAGCGCGGGCAGCGGCGGGAGGACGAGCGGCGCACGGUGCUGGCAGCUCCGGCCGGCGCUGCCCGGAGAUGUCGGGGGUGCUGGUGAUCGCUGCCUGGUGCUUCCUGCAAGUGGAGAGCCGGCAUCCUGAGAUCAUCACGAGUAACAGCAAUCAUGGCAAUUUCCUGGACAACGACAAAUGGCUGAGCACAGUUUCGCAGUACGAUAAAGACAAGUACUGGAACAAAUUCCGGGAUGAUGAUUAUUUCAGGAACUGGAAUCCAAACAAGCCAUUUGAUCAAGCCCUGGAUCCAUCCAAAGAUCCCUGCCUGAAGGUGAAGUGCAGCCCACACAAAGUGUGUGUCACCCACGACUACGAGACCGCGAUCUGCGUCAGCCGCAAGCAGCUGGUGCACAGCCUUCGACAAAAGAAAGGCAGCCUGGCCCAGAAGCACUGGGGUGGGGCAGCCAGCAUGGCCAAGUGCAAGCCCUGCCCCGUGGCACACUCCAGCGCCGUGUGCGGCUCCGACGGACACACCUACACCUCCAGGUGCAAGAUGGAGUUCCAUGCCUGUACUUCUGGCAAAACCAUCAUAGCUCGAUGUGAAGGGCCCUGCCCCUGCCUGCCAGGACCUGAAAGUUUAAAACACAAGAUGGAGAAGACUGCUUGCACAGACAAGGAGCUGAGGAGUCUGGCCUCCAGGCUGAAGGACUGGUUCGGUGCCCUCCACGAGGAUGCCAAUCGUGUCAUCAAGCCCACCAGCUCGGAGACAGCACAAGGCAGAUUUGACACCAGCAUCCUACCAAUCUGUAAGGAUUCCUUAGGCUGGAUGUUCAACAAACUUGACAUGAACUACGACCUGCUGCUGGAUCCCUCGGAGAUCAGCGCCAUCUACCUGGACAAGUACGAGCCCUGCGUCAAGCCGCUCUUCAACUCCUGCGACUCCUUCAAGGACGGGAAGCUUUCCAACAACGAGUGGUGCUACUGCUUCCAGAAGCCCAGUGGUCUUCCUUGCCAGAAUGAAAUGAAUAGAAUUCAAAAGCUAAGUAGAGGGAAGAGUCUGUUGGGUGCUUUCAUCCCCCGGUGCAAUGAGGAAGGUUAUUACAAAGCCACACAGUGCCAUGGCAGCACGGGGCAGUGCUGGUGUGUUGAUAAGUAUGGCAAUGAGAUAGCUGGCUCCAGAAAGCAGGGCACAGUCAGCUGUGAAGAAGAGCAAGAAACCUCAGGGGAUUUUGGCAGUGGUGGAUCUGUUGUAUUGUUGGAUGAUUUGGAAGAGGAACCUGAAGCAACAAAAAAAGACAAAGAAGGAAAACUGAAGAUUCAUGUAAGAGCAGCUAAUGAGGAUGAUGAAGAUGAAGAUGAUGAUAAGGAUGAUGAAAUUGGUUAUAUAUGGUAGUGCCCAUCAUAAUGAGGACUCACGUUUUGCACAAUAUUGCAACUCACAUCAUAUCUCUGCAAUUGUAUCUGAGAGUACCUGGCACAAAUAUUCCCUCUCUACUGAGUUUAAUUUUGUAUAGUCAGUUUAAUUUGGAUGACAACUUUUCUUUUCCAGCAAGGACUGUUUGGAAAACAGCUUUUGUUCAGUUGGUUUGAGGAAUUUUUGUUCUAUCCACAGGGGCAAUGUGUUUCAAGACCAUUUUGUGUCUUAAUCCUCACUUGCACCACUUAGGAAAUCUAUCCUGUGAAAGAAUUCUGGAAGGGGCUCAAAAAUACAAUACAAAGGCUUAUAAGCCCCUCUCAUGUCACAGAAUUUGUGUCAUAAAUUGUUGCCUGGAUCAUAUCAGAAAAAGUUUUUUCUUUCAUGAAGAAGGAAAAGUAGGUGCCUCAUUUUCUAGUCCAUAUUUUGAUGUCCCAGUGAAGAGUAAGUCUCUUUGGACAGUGGCUGCCCAGUACCAGGGGUUUAAUCCAGAAGAAAAUCCAUUGGCAGGACUUUCCCUUCCUUCCAUUCUCUGAGAAUGAGUCCAGCAGGUUUAGUCCAGCUCACACUGAAGGCAGAACUCCCACCAGGGCACAGAUCAGCUCACUGACUUUAUUUGAUAAAGGGACACGGCCUUGAUCUUAAGAGAUGCUAAGAACCUGCAGUUGUCAUGGACCAAGCCCUAGAGGCAGGGGACAGAGUCCAUCUGCCCUUCAGAGUGUUACAGGGGAGAGUAUUCUGUGAGUUUGUAGCAUCAUAACCACCCAGAGCUGUUCCUCAUCUUCUGCCCGAGUUCCUUGGCACUGGGAGGGUCUCUGACAGCACCCAGGCAGCUCUGCUUCCAGCUCACACACAGACCUGUCUGUUCUCCAUUUAGCAGCCCUCCUUCCAAAGUCAGGAUGCUGUCAAAGACACAAACCCUCAAAAGUUACUGUCACUUAUUUAAUGUAAAGAUAUCUGUCUAAAAAAACAGCCUUAGGUGGUGAUAUUUCAAAAGUAUAACCCCUUGGUUCAGCAUGAUGCUGCACACUUGUAAUUUACACUCCUAAAAAAGAUUAGUAUUAAAAUCCAAUCUUUGAUUCCCUCAAUACCUCCCACGUAUUCAAAGCUCUUGUAUCAGAGGAUGGUGACUUUACAUUUUUUGCAGUGUCCUUUCCCAUGGAAGUUCUCAGAUGCAGUAAUGUGCUGUGUUGUUAUUUUUGCUGUUUUGUGAGGCAGUAAGAGGAGCUUUAACCCCACUCUUGCAUUAGGAUGCAGGUGUAAGUAUUUUAGCAGUGCCUGUGGUUGGCCAGUGUUAUUUUGCAGAAUGAAAAAUGUGUUUUUUAUAACAAAAACUGAUUAGAUUUUUUUUUUAGUUAAUGGUGGAUAUAGAGGUGGAGACAGCAUUGAAUCACAACAUGGUUGAACUACACAGUCAGUUGAAAGCUGGAAAAUACCACACAGGUUGGCAGAAGUCAGUUUUUUGGUACAUUGGCCUGGGGAUGUUGGCUCUCAGCCCUCUGCAAAGUCAGUGCCUGCCUGGCAGCCCUCUGGGUAGGACCUCUGCUUUCAGACAUGAUCAGAGGUGGAAUUCCUUUCAGGGACCAUGUGCUGCAAGGGCUCUCCUGUUUUCUCCUCUUUUAUUUCCUAUUUAUCCAGAUCAAUGACCUGAGAACAAAGAGCAAGCCUGCAUAAUGAUUAUUAAUGCAGAAGGAUGUGUAAAACCAGGAGGAAUUUGUUGUUUCAUGCCACUGCAUCCUCCCAAAAAUCUGCCAUCACAGUCAUUUGCAAAAGGCCUGCAAUCUGCCCUGCCUCAAAUAAAUCCCUUUGGUUUUCCCAUAGCUUUGUAAAAAUAUAUUUAAUAAUCAUUUUCCAUGAGCUGCACUGCACACAGACACACACACACCUACACACUUCUUCUGUUUGCCUUUCACAGAAAUCCUGCCAACUUGCAGGAGGAGCAGAUAAUCCAGCAUUUCUGUCUCCCUAAAUAUGAUUUUGUGAGAAGCAAUUGAACACCAUCAGUAGGUUCUUUCUCAAAUGUCCUGUCUAGUUUUCCUCUGGUAUUUUCUUAAUUAACCCCAUACUCUCUGGGUUUGGCUCUGUGCAAGACCUGCCUGAGGCACAGAGCUGCCAUUUCAUUCUGACAUAAAUCCAAGCUCCACAAUCAGCAGAUUAUGCUUAUCCUCCUGACUGGACUGGUUCUCCACACAGAGCCAGGGGGUUUUGGCAGUGCUGUGUCCCUCCACAAUGGCUUAUCCUGGCUGUGCCUUACAUCAAAGGUCACAGAGCAAAUCCCUUCUCCUGCCCAGCACCUCCCCAGGGUAAAGCCUGUCAGUCUGAGCCCUUGCAGGCUUUACCAGGUCUGAGGCUGCAGGGGGCUGUGUCCCAUGUAAACAUGCAAGAUGGUUAAAUUAAAGCUGUUUAAUCAGCCUUUAAAAGUGGAUGUGAACAUCUUUGAGCCAUGGCAGCACCACCCACUGCUGGUCUCCUGGCUGUGAUGUUUCACAUACCAUGCUUCCAAAUCAGAGCUGGAAGGUUUAUAUCUAACUGUAAAGCAGUUCCUGUCUCCAGACUCACCAGCUCAAACAUGAAACAGCUCCAGCACAGCCUGGUGAGGGGCAGGUGCCUUGGCUGGCUCAGGUGGGCUCUCCUGGCACAUCCCAGAAACACACAGGUACACACAGCUGUGCUAAACCUGCUGGCCUGGAUCCAGGCACACCCCCUCUCCAGGUGACCUGUUUGGCUCAUGCAAGUGUUCUUCUGCCUCCAGCCAGCAUGGGAAAUGUGCCAUUUUAUGGGCUGGGGCAGCUGGGGGGAGCAGGGCACUCAGGCUGUCGUGCUUGGAAGGGCAGCUCAGACUCUGGAUUGCUUUGAGAGCAAGUUCCUAAAUCCUGCACAGCUAUUUAACAAAGCCCUUUUUGUGAUCCAGUGGUGUCCUCCCAUGGUGGAGCCUAUAUAUAUAUAUAUAUAUAUGUACAUCUCUGUGUGACUGUAUAUAUACAUUUAUGCACAAAUAUGUGUGUGCAUAUGUAUGUGUGUGUCCAGUCUGGGGAGAUGCAUUAAGAAAAUCUUCUAUUUAAUGAAAUAGUGAUAAAGAAACCAGCGAUUCUACCAAGAGCCAGUGCUCUUCCAGAUCAAUCCCCUUCCAUUCUUCAUGCUUUGUAAAGGAUUUAAUUUGCUUCCAAUUUAAUUUAAUUCAAUCCCUUUCUUUUUCUCUUUCCUUUUUUUCUUUUUUUUUUACAAAGCAGGAUUUACUUCCCAUCUAAAUCAAGUCAUUGACCUUCCAAAUUUUUUCUCAUUGUGAAAAAUGGAAUCUGAGUUGGCCCAUUCUUUUAGACACACAAACCAAGUGGAAUCAGAGUUGUCCCAUUCUUUUAGAAACACAAACCAAUUUUUAAUCUCAUUUUCUUUUCAUAUUACAGUCUAUGAGAUACUGUUAGGCAUUUCUUUAUGUUUCUUGCAACUACUGUAGUUAAAUCAAAAUGUUGAGUUCAGAUUUCAGCACAGCUGGGUUUUUUGGGUCAUUACUGGCCUUUGCUGUGAACACAAAGAAUCCUCUUUAUUUUCUUUGCCUUUUUUUAAGCUAUUCUGUACUGUUAUUUUAAACCAUUUGAAGUGUUUAUUUAAUAUUUAUUCUACAGUUUAUAUUGAAAAUGUAAAGUUUAUAUUUAAAACAACACCGUUUGUUAGUGAAUGCUUCUCUUUGCCUCUCCAGCCUAGUCUGUUAGUCUCAGUGUACAUUUCUGGCAUGGGAAUAUUUUGAUAUUAGGAGUUUUGUAGCCUCUUCUCCCUCCAGCAGCAGCUGAUGUAGAUCAGGCCAGCAGCUGACCCAGAGCUCCAGGUGGCUCAAGCUUCGCUCCCUCGUUUGUUGGCUUCUCUCGCAGUCCCUCCUGUGUCCCCUCCUUUCAUCCACAGACUGCUUUGUACAGUUACUACACAUCAAAAAGCCCUUUCUACAGUAGGUGGGUUUUGGUCUUUUUAUACUUUUCUCAAUGCUGUUGAUGUCUGUUACUGUUCAAUGUGUAGAUCUGUAAGGAGAGAUCCAAAUAUUACGUGUUUCAGUUCGAUGUCCCUACUGUAGAUGGAUGUAGACUAUCAUAGUAGUAGAACUGCAUAGUAAAUUCUGAAUGCUUUUUCCAUAAGGAGUUCAGUGGAAUGUGAGCAUUUUGCUACCUUUGGUUAACUGUAAAUGCUUAACUGUAGUCUGAAAUAGUUGCAUUUUUGUCCGUCUCAAUAAAUUUUAAUUUGUCUGCGA